AUGGCUCCCUCACCUUUGAGAUCCAAGUCACUUAACCAUGGCCGCUCUCUUAGCUUCCCAUCCUCAUCACAUCCUGCUAUUACUCACUUCGAUGAGAACUUAUCCAUAUUGAGAUCUUCCGAGGAUGCUUGCUCGUCGCUCUCAUCCAUCAACCGCACUGCAAAUGGCCUCAGAAACUUAUAUGAGAGCAUCGAUGAUUUGCUGCUCUUGCCUCACAUUCAACAGAUUGUUUCUGAGGAGUGUGUUGACGAUUACAUCAGCCUAUUGGAUGCUUGCAGCUCAGUUAAAGAUCUCAUCUCUCUCGUGAAGGAAGAUCUACGAGGGCUUCUCUCUUCUGUAAGGAGAAAGGAUGUUCGAGGCAUAAACGGCUACCUUGCUUCAAGAAAGAAGUCGAAGAAGAUGAUCCAAAAGUGUUUGAAGAAGUUGAGACGUAGCAGCGCCUCAGCCUCUUCUGAGAAUGUUUCCAUGUUGAAAGAUGCAGAGUCCGCUGCUAUUUCCCUGCUCGAGUCUCUCUUGACCUACACGUUGGGGACGAAGAUGCAAGAGACAAAGAGCAGCUGGUCGUUGGUGUCAAAGCUGAUGCAGUCCAAGAAAGCAUCAGACGACGAGAAUGAGUUCAACAAGGUGGAAUCAUUCCUGCAACUGAAUCAAGAAAACGAGCUCGUGAAUCACUUGAAAGCGAUGGAUUCGAGCAUUCAAGUUGUUGAAGAAGAACUCGAAUCCAUCUUCAGACAGUUGAUCAAAACCAGAGUUUCCCUUCUCAACAUUCUCAACCACUAG